CAAGAUGCUUCAGUUUACAUGUCUUAAAAAAUCAAAUAGCUAACCAAACAUUUCUAAUAUCUCUCUUCUCCCUCCUCCAAAACCCCAUCAACCCGCAACCGCCAUGAACGCCUUCCAACCACCUCCCCCGAUGCCAGGCUACAACCACCUCCUAGGUACGGACGACAUCGGUGGAUUCAGAUACGGUAUUGGAGUCUCCAUAGGAGUGCUCCUCCUCAUCACCACAAUCACCCUCACCUCCUACUUCUGCACACGUAGACAGCUCUCUUCUUCACCUUCUCAAAAUAGUCAAGACUCAACACGCGUUCACCACCAUCUCCACCACCAUGUCAUCAUCGACGUCGUCCAAGGUCUAGACGAGGACACCAUUCAAAGCUACCCGAAGCUCCUCUACUCUGAAGCGAAAGGAAGCUCAACGUCGUCGUGUUGUUCAAUAUGCUUAGGAGACUACAAGGGGAAUCAUCUGCUGCGUCAACUCCCGGAUUGUAACCAUCUCUUCCACCUUAAAUGUAUAGACACGUGGCUUAGACUCAACCCUACAUGUCCUGUCUGCAGGACUUCGCCGCUUCCUACUCCUCUCCCCACUCCUCUUGCCGAGGUUGUCCCCUUAGCCUCCACCGUUGCUACCACUAGGAUGUCCUAAUUAUUUGCUUUUAUAGCUGGAUAAUCCUGAAACGAAGUCAAGCCUAAUCUUUGGGGAAAUUUUUCUUUUUGAACUCUUGUUUAGUUACUUGUAUACUUUCAUUUUUUGGUCACUAAUUGAUCAUUGUAUAUAUUCUUUGAAUCCAAAUAUCUCUAAAUGAAGGUAAGUUUUACAUUUUUUGUUCGAUAGAAUACUUUGAG